AUGGGCCAGGAGGACAACCACAGCUACUACGUGUCGCGGGUCUAUGGGCCGGGGGAUGCACGUCUGAGGGGGCUGUGGGUUGACCUGGCCGCUGCCAACAGGAGCCAAGUGAAGAUCCAUGGGAUCCUCUCCAACACGCACCGACAGGCCUCGAGAAUCGUCCUCUCCUUCGACUUCCCCUUCUACGGCCCCCUCCUGCGGCAAUCCUCCUCUGCUCGCUCAGGCUUCAUCUUCAUGGGGGACGUCAUCCACCGGAUGCUCACGGCCACGCAGUACGUCGCUCCCCUCAUGGCCAACUUCAACCCCAGCUACUCCCGCAACUCCACCGUCCAGUACAUGGACAACGGGACGGCGUUUGUGGUGCAGUGGGACAAAGUCUAUCUUCAGGGGAAGGAGGACAUGGGCAGCUUCACCUUCCAGGCGGCCCUGCACAGCACCGGGAGGAUCAUCUUCGGGUACAAGGAGAUCCCUGUGCCGGUCCUGCAGAUCAGUGCCACCCAGCACCCCGUGAAAGCCGGCCUCUCCGAUGCCUUCAUGGUCCUCAACCCAUCUCCUGAUGUGCCUGAGUCCCGCCGUCGGACCAUCUACGAGUACCAUCGUGUGGAGCUGGACACCAGGAAGAUCACCAACAUGUCAGCUGUGGAGUUCACCCCCCUGCCCACUUGUCUCCAGCAUCAGAGCUGUGAAAUGUGCGUGAGCUCGGAGCUGACCUUCAACUGCAGCUGGUGCCACGUCCUGCAGAGAUGUUCCAGUGGCUUUGACCGAUACCGUGAGGAAUGGUUGUCCUAUGGCUGUGGUCAGAAGUCUGAUGAGAAGACCUGUGAGGAUUUAGCAGCUGGUGAGCACUAUUCAGCACCUCCUGAGAGCUCUUCCUCACCGCUGGACGAGGACAUCACCACCUCCACGUCCUCGCUCUUCAUUGACAGCCUCACUACAGAAGAUGACACGAAGCUCACUCAGUACGCAGGCAGUGAAGGGAUGGGAAGCAGCCUUCCUUCCAAGAAAGCAGGUGCCCCGAUUCACACCGGCACGAUCGUGGGCAUCGUCCUGGCCGUGCUGCUCAUCGCAGUCAUCAUCCUGGCUGGAAUUUACAUCAACAGCCACCCCACUUCCACUGCUGCCCUGUUCUUCAUUGAGCGAAGGCCACACCACUGGCCUGCCAUGAAGUUCCGAAAUCACACCAACCACGCAACGUAUUCCGAGGUGGAACCAGCCAGCCAGGAGAAGGAGGGCUUUGUGGAAGCAGAACAGUGCUGA